AACACUAUAUGUUGAUCCUUAGAUUCGAAUGCUAGUGGUUUCCCUUACCCAUUUGCAAAUAGGGUGAUGAUGAUGUUGUGGGAUAAAAAUAAAAAUAAAAAGUUGUAGACUUUUAGUAGAUGGGAGUGAAACAGCAAGGGAUGAUGGAGGAGGAGAAAGAAGAAACAACCAACCACAACCUAGAACAAAACAAAAACCAAAACCUUAACCUAGACCACAACAACCAUCCUUCUAACACUCUCCCAAUCAAGGAAGAGAGUGGUUUUAGAUCAAAGGGUUUUGGAAGUGGUGACAGAGUGAAGAGAGAUGAAUGGAGUGAAGGAGCAGUGUCAACCCUUCUUGAAGCCUAUGAAGCCAAAUGGGUGCUCAGAAACAGAGCCAAACUCAAGGGCCAUGACUGGGAGGACGUGGCUCGACACGUGUCAGCACGUGCCAACUGCACCAAGUCACCCAAAACCUCCACACAGUGCAAGAACAAGGUGGAGUCCAUGAAGAAGAGGUACAGAUCAGAGUCGGCAACUGCAGAACAUCCCUCCUCCUGGCCUCUCUAUUCGCGCCUCGAUCUUCUUCUCAGGGGAACUGGCCCUCUCCUCUCUUCGCCACCGCCACCGCCGCUCGCGGUGCCACCCUCGUCGGCAGAACCGCCGCAACAGUCGCCGCCGUCAGAGCCACUUGCAGUUGUGCAGAACUCGAAUGGAUCCAAUGGGGUUGAUGAUAAGCUUGUCAAGGUAAAUUUUCAACGCAGUUUUCUUUUGUUUUAUUUUAAGGGAUUGAACAUAUUGAAUAAGAUUGUGAUCAUACGUAAUAGAGAAAAAAAAAAAGAAUUUCGUUGUUUAAAAAUUAGCUUGUGGUUUUGUUUAAUUUUAUUUGGAUAA